AUGGCUGCGCUGCCGAAGUCCCUUACUGCUCCCGAACAGGAGUCUGUCGCGCAGAAUGAAGGCGCGGAGGGAAAUUCCCAAGCACCCGUGGCACAGGAUGAUGAGGACCUGUAUGACCUCGGCUUUGGCAGGACUGGGACUAAAAAAGGGAAAAAAUACAAAAAGAUGAUGAUGAAGGAAUACGUCCAAGUCCCAACACAUGUCGGCAGCCUCUGGCGCCAGUUCGGGGAGUUGUCUUACGUGAUACCCCAGCCAGAGCAGCUCCAGCUCGAGGUGCCAGGGACCCCAGACAUGGACUACACCGAAGUCUUCCUCUCCCCCGCUCGUCUCUAUGUUCUAUCCGACCACUACGACAUUGAAACGCUCAUGAUGCUUUCGCUCCAGAAGUUACAUCGCGCUCUCGUCGACUUCAAUCUAACCGAAGAAAGAACUGGUGAUUUUGCAACACUGGCAGAGUACGCCUACUAG